CACCUUUGGAACAACAGCGACUGAGAAACUCCAUAGAUAUUUGCCAUAAUGCUACAGUCCAUUUACUCAAGGGGCUGAAAGCACUAACAUUUCCUUUCUGACCUAAGAAAAGAGUCCAGAAUUCAAAGAAAUGUCUAAGUCAGCCAUCUUCUGGCGCAGGGCAGUUGGAAGAGGGAAAGAAACCCGCAAGCCUGCUUCUGUUCUUUUGGUGCAGGUCAAGAUCCACAGAUCCCCCUCACCACGCAGGGUUACACGUGAGAACAGCUUCUUCUUUCUAACCUCUCUUCGGCCUCCCGAGAAAGAAGGAACUGUGUCACUAGGUGAAAGACGCUCAAGCGGCAACGCAGAGCGAAAGAGGCGCAGGUAGGAGAAGGAAAGGAUGGCAGUGCAGAAGCACGUGGGUCAGCGCUGUACUCCCAUUGACUCUUCUUGCCCUGUUGUCAGGGGGAGGAGGAAACAGCCGCAGCAGCCCUGACAGGGAGCCAACUCAGCAAGAAACUUCCUCAGGAAGGCUCGGCGGCGGCUUCUGCGGCCGCUCUUUCGUCUCCUCCCGCCUAACAUCGCACGAGGCAGCUCCACGCACAGGGCAGGCUGGUGCACCUCCCAUGAGCACAGCUGCCGCAGUGGUUCCUUUUGCAUCCGCACGCAGGUGGAAAGCACAGGAAAGGGACCCAGAAAGAGGCACCUUCCCGCACCGCGCGCCCUGGCAGCCCGUUCGAAGCUGUCACCAGAGACGCACCGGGGUGGGCUUCUUAAAGCCGGUGGCUCAGGAGGGUCAAGGGCCAACCGCAGUCCGUCCCGCUUCCUUUCCUUUUGAAAAAAUCACGGCCCUCGGCAGCAGGUUCUUGUUAGAGAAGAAUGGAGUUGAGUGUCGUUGCGAAGUCUUGUCCGAUCCAUCGCAACCCCAUGGACAAAGUUCCUCCACACUUUCCUGUCCUCUACCAUCCUCUGGUGUCCAUUUAAGCUGGAGCAGGAAAUGGCAACACACUCCAGUCUCUUUGCCAUGAAAACCCCAUGGACAGUUACAAAAGGAAAAAGAUGAGCCCUUCAGGUCAGAAGGAAGUGUAAUUGCUUAUAUCAGCUCUUCAAGCUCUGCAUCCAGCCCUGCUUCCUGUCACAGUGAAGGCUCAGACAACAGUUUUCACUCCUCUUCUUCCCCUGUACCACCAUCACCAAACAGUUCCUCCUCUGAGGGGAGCUGCAGUAGCAAGAGUAAAGAGCACUCGGAUGGAAGACCAAAUGGUGACCAGUUUGAGAAUCACAAUAAGAGAAAUCAAUUGAGUGGAGCAAAAAGUCAUAAUGGAUUUGCAAAAUUUAAUGGCAUGGUCUUGCUGUGUAAAGUCUGUGGAGAUGUUGCUUCAGGAUUUCACUAUGGGGUCCAUGCCUGUGAAGGCUGCAAGGGUUUCUUUAGAAGAAGCAUUCAGCAAAAUAUCCAAUAUAAGAAGUGCCUGAAGAAUAACAACUGCUCUGUAAUGAGAAUGAAUAGAAACAGGUGUCAGCAGUGCCGAUUCAAAAAAUGCUUGUCAGUAGGAAUGUCAAGAGAUGCUGUUCGAUUUGGCCGAAUUCCUAAACGAGAGAAGCAGAGGAUGAUAAUUGAAAUGCAAAGUGCCAUGAAAACUAUGAUGAAUACACAGUUCAGUGAUCGCUUGCCCAGUGAAGCAUUAAAAGAUAGCCAGGAAGCAUUGCUCUUAGUACCUCAGGAACAGCUGAACUCCAAACUAAAGCAAGAAGAAAUAACUGCCAAAAGGCCCGUUUUGCCUUCUCCCCUUCCUCCUCCACUAUGUCCUGCUUUUCCUCUGCCCUCUGACAUUGCCAAGGAAGAAGUGAUUGGCAUGGUGACUAGUGCCCACAAAGAUACAUUUAUGUACAAUCAAGAACAAUUAGAAGAUCGUACCACUGUUUUGCAGCCUCCAAAUGGGGAAACAAAUGUUAAAUAUUUGGAGCAAUACAAUUCUGGUGGUGAAGCUGAUCAUGGUAGCAUAAGCAGUGUGCUUCAAAAUGGGAAUGUUAAACAUAUAAAGUAUAAAGGGCAAAACAAUAUGCACUAUCCAAGUGGGUAUAAUCUUUGCUUCCAUUCUAUGAACUUCACCAGUGGAUUUACCACAAAAGGGUAUAAUAAAAUGCUCGAAAAUGGCUUUUCUUCUAUCAAAUCUCUGAAUGCGUAUUCCUGCAGCACUGGAGGCAAAAUGCAUCUGGUUUGCCCAAUGAAUAAGACUCCUUUUGUGGAUCCAGAUAAGUCUGGUCAGGAAGUCUGGGAAGAAUUUUCCAUGAGCUUUACCCCUGCAGUAAAGGAAGUAGUGGAAUUUGCCAAGCGUGUUCCAGGUUUCCGAGAUCUUUCCCAACAUGACCAAAUAAACCUUCUAAAGGCUGGAACCUUUGAGGUACUAAUGGUACGGUUUGCAUCUCUAUUUGAUGCAAAAGAUCGUACUGUCACUUUUCUUAGUGGGAAGAAGUACAGUUUGGAUGAUCUACGUACCAUGGGAGCUGGUGAUCUGCUGAACUCCAUGUUUGAGUUUAGUGAGAAGCUAAAUGCACUCAACCUUAGUGAUGAAGAAAUGAGUUUGUUUACAGCGGUGGUCCUUGUAUCUGCUGAACGAUCAGGAAUAGAGAAUGUCAAUUCUGUGGAAGCACUGCAAGAAAUAUUGAUCCGUGCACUCAGAACUUUGAUCACAAAAAAUCAUCCAAACGAAGCCUCUAUAUUUACAAAACUACUUUUGAAACUGCCUGACCUGCGUUCCUUAAAUAACAUGCACUCUGAAGAACUACUAGCCUUUAAAGUUCAUCCAUAGGCUUUUAGCUCCUACUUAUAUACUUGAUUUACCUAAAAUUAAUUGUUUUUAUUUUGUGCUAAAAUGUUUGUUUAUAUUUGUACAUGCUUCUGUGAAGGAUUUGUAUAAUAGUGAAAUGAUUAUUGCAGUAAAUGCGUCAGGGAGAUCCUUAUUUCACCACUGACAAAAUGGCCGCAGAUUUCUUCUUGAUUAUCCAAAACAGUUCCAUUUGCCAAAAAUCUGAAGAAAUUACACUAAAUAUUAUAGAUGCUGACUUCUUUGUCUUUACAGAAAAUAUUUAAUUUUCCUAAAGAAGAAUACCCACUGGCUACAAAUGGAAAGCAGCAUUUUGAAUAAAUGAAGCAAGGCUACAUUGAUUCAGCUCAUCCUUAAGUAGAUACCUUGUUAUAUGAGGAAGUUUUAAAAAACUGUUUCUGAUUACACUAUGAAUAAUUUAUAAAAGAAUCAGUGUAUAUUAAUUUGUUCACUUUAGUAUAAAAUUAAACAUUUAUCUCUGUACAUGUUUAUGUGUGCAUAUGCACACACACACAUAAUGUGAACAAAGAUGGAUAUAUUAUUAGUUUAUAAACUUCAUAAUUAUAUAAGUAUAUAAAUAUAAACAACUUCAUAAUAUUUUCAGCUACGAAGACGUUAAAAGAGGAUUAUCCAUAUGAAUGCAUUUGGUUCUAUACAGUUGAAGUAAGUAUAUUAAAAGUUUAGAGACUCCCAAAUUAGUAUGUUGAUUUGCUGAAUUUGUUAAUGUUGGACAUUUAAAACAAUAUAAGUGAAGAGAUAAAUAGAUCAAAUUUAAACAUUAUUGAGAAUUUAGGGCUUUUUCCUAAAAAAAUUUGCCUUUAAUAUUGUAUGCAUCUAUAGUAGUAGGCAUUUAAAGUUAGUGAUCAGCCUUGCUAGUUUUUCUGUAAAGUUUCCAUGGAGAAUCAUGAAAAGUGUCAAGAAAACUACCGUAUAUACUCGAGUAUAAGCCGAGUUUUUCAGCACGUUUUUUGUGCUGAAAAACGUCCCCUCGGCUUAUACUCGAGUAUAUACGGCUUAUACUCGAGUUUUUUUUUUUUUCCUUUUUUUCACAUUAUACCGGCCGGCGCGAACUUGGCGGGCUUUUGCUUUAGCGCGGGGAAGCCCUGCCGGUGCAGUGAGAGGGCGGGGCGGGGGAGCCGCCAGCCUUCUCGGCCGAGGGAGGGAGGGUUUCGCCGACCGGUAGGUGCCUCAUUUCCCACCCUCGGCUUAUACUCGAGUCCCCAGUUUACCCCAGUUUUUUGGGGUAAAAUUGGGGACCUCGGCUUAUACUCGGAUCGGCUUAUAUUCGAGUAUAUACGGUAUGUUAUACCUUCAUUGCAUAUUGGGUAUACUGUGAAUCAUGUAAGCUACGUAUAUAUGCAAGUUGAAUGCUACAUAAUCAGUCUUGUAACAUGAGUGGGACUAUUAAAGUCAGUUUUGUUAUAUCUCCAAAGGUUUUUCAAAACUGAUCUAGGUUGUCUGAUGUCUGUGAAGUUCUGUUAAUUUCAUGACUUUUUAAAUGCCAGUGAUAAAUUCCUAAGCCAGGAUUUGCUGUAUCUUCUGUUGCAUUUUUCAAAUUAAUGUAUUAACUCCUUCAUGCUGUUCAUCGUGUGAAAAUAUUUUAGUUGGAGAUUUUCCAAAAUAUGACUUUUGAAAAUGCAUUGAUAUUUCAUGUAGUUAUUUAGUACUUAACACAUCUCAAACUUUCUAUAACUUUAUGUGAAAAAUUACAAUAUCAUAGUUGAUACAUAAUUUUUUAGGGCAAUGCAUCAUUAAGUAUAAAAAAAUUUUGCUUGCAAGCUUAUUAUAUAGCAUUAUUUGAUUUAUAUUAAUUUCUGUGACUUUGCUAGACAUCAAAUCUCUAUUUUUGUUAAAUUCAAGCAGCUAUUGGGAUGUCAAAAAUCCAAAGAUAAAUUAGUCAUUUCACAUCAUUUUUUUAAAAAAAAUAGAGGCAAAUUACUUGAUUCUAGAUUUUCACAUGCAAUGUUUUUCUCUGGAAGGAAAGUGUUGCUUGAACUUUUGUGAACAAUUGCUUAUGUUUCAAAUAAUCAAUUUGCCAAAUACAUAUGUAGGUUAGAAAAAUACCCUAUAAAAUAAACUUGUACAAUUUCAGCUUAAGCUUGAUUUUAUUCACUGAAGAAAAAAUCCUUCUGUUUCUCUAGAAACAAGAUGUAGAUUUGAAUUCACCUUCUGUCUCAAGUCUGGAACUUUAAGCGCAGUACUUACAUUAUGCUAUAAAAUUAAAACUGUGGCCUCCACUCUUCCUUUGUCUUGACAGAAUAAUGUCUGGAGGCUCCCAAUCACCCAGGUCAUGGUUGUCCCAAAGAUGCCUUUCAAAAAAGCAGCUGGAUUUUCUUGCUUUUUCUCCCCCUGAAAAUAUUUCAUUUCUCAUCCAAGAAGCUGAAGAACUGAAGAGGCUUCUUGGAUGAAAAGCGAAAAUUUACAAGGAAAAAAACAAGAAAGUUCAGAUGCCUUUUGAAAAACCACCUUUGGGACAAUGGGAACAGCUUUGCAGUGGCUUUUAUCAAUAUUCAUACAAUAAUGAAAUUGAACAGGGUGAUAAGCCAUUGCAUAAUUUCCCCUGACUUUUGCCAAAUACUAUGUGAGGGGGAGGAACAGUCCUUAUGUCGAAUGUGACCUAAGGUUUAAGCUUUUGAAUUUUAACUAAAGAAGCUGUGUAAUGUAAAUUCUGCUUUACUGUGGUCAUGGGUUAUAUUCUACUUAAAAUACUGAGAAAUAUGUCAAACUUUCGAAUACUGUUGAUGGGCAUUGUUGAGGGAAUAAAAAAAUGUACUGUAUGAGAUAAAAUGAUUUUUUAAAAAUGGCUUUACUUGUUUAAAAAUAUUAAAUAUGGGCAUUAUGAU